CCGACAAACAAACAUGCCGUUCGACACGAGUCAGCACGACCUCUUCAACUUCAACCACAUUGAGUUCGAUUUCAACAUCCAAUUCGAACAGCUUUUUCUCUCAAUCGUGCCAUCUGUGCUCUUCAUUGUCGCCUCAUCAUGGCGUACUGUCGCUCAAGUUCGAAAGCCUACGUUAGUGAAGGCACCGAUCUUCCAAUCGAUCAAACUGCUGACACUACUGGUCCUCGCAUCAUUGUCCAGGUUCCAAGCCUCGAGUACAUUUCUGGCUGCAUCGGUUCUAAAGCUUCUGUCCGCGUUGACUAUGAUAGCUCUCAGUCUUGUCGAUCACAACAAAAGUCCGCGACCAUCUGUUCUCCUCGGGCUCUACCUGUCUUUGACCCUGCUACCAGAUGCUGCACAAGCAAGAACUUUCUUCCUGUCAUCCAAAGACUCUCCCGAAUGGACCUACAGCAGUGUGUUUUGCGCGGCGCUGUCCGUGAAACCACUCAUCCUCCUGUUGGAGGCCAAGAAGAAGUCUCAAUGGCUGUCAUGGGACAACAAAGAUCAUAGUCCCGAGGAGACAAGCGGCAUUUUCUCCCUUGGUGUUUUCGCCUGGCUCAACAAGAUGUUCUUGGAUGGUUACAAAGGAGUUUUGAGCACAAACGAUCUCUACCCGCUCGAUAGCGCUUUGGAUGCAAGAACUCUGCACAGCAGCUUCGCGACACACUUGGAUUAUGCCAAGAUGAAGGGUGACAAGUAUGGUCUUGUCAAGACACUGAUACGUACCCUUUCAGGCCCUUUACUCCUACCGGUCAUUCCACGCCUGGCCCUGCUUGCAUUCACAUUCUGCCAGCCUCUGUUCAUCGAGAAGAUGUUGGACUAUCUCUCGAGUUCCGAACUCGACGCGAAUGUUGGAUACGGUCUGAUCGGAGCUAUUCGCACGAUGGCCAGAUCUGUACUCGUCACCGAGAUCUUUCUCAGAACGACACAGGCUCGCAUUGAUGUCUCCGAUGAGAAUGCCGCAGUGACUCUGAUGAGUACCGACAUGGAGCGCAUUGACAUAGGAUUUAGAUCUCUACAUGAAGUCUGGGCCAGUGUCAUACAAGCCGCCCUCGCUAGCUGGCUGUUGUACAACCAAUUGGGCAUAGUCUUCGUAGCGCCGAUUGGAGUCGUGCUUGCUUCUUUCAUCGUCCUUGUCAUUUUCAUGAAGUUCGCUGGAGAUUCUCAACGAGCAUGGAUGACUGGAGUUCAGAAGCGAGUGGGCUUGACUGCUACCGUCGUUGGUAGCAUGAAGAGUCUGAAGCUCUCUGGACUUUCACAAGCCGUUGAACAGUUCAUACAGAAGCUUCGGGUUGAAGAACUUGCUUCCGGUGCUCGCUUCCGAAAGUUGUCCAUCAUCGCCGCAUUUCUCGGCUUCUUGCCGUUCUUGCUUGGUCCACCUUUGACUUUUGCUUUUGCACAGAGAACACUGAACGUCUCCAAAACCUUUACCAGUCUCUCAUACUUGACGCUGUUGACGAAUCCACUGACUCAGAUCUUCCAAGCAGUUCCGCAAGUUCUAUCCGGACUGGCUUGCCUGAGCCGUGUACAAGGCUAUUUAGAAUGCGAGACUCGCGAGGACUUCCGCCAAAUGAUUGACAGAAGAUCUAGGAGCCUGGACAGGUUUUCAGAUGUUUCCAAAAUUCCCUCCGGACCUCGAGACUCAGAGUGUGUAAUCAUGAUCAGGGACACCAAGUUCGGAUGGGAAGCAGACAACUACGUUCUGCACAACAUCAACACGCAGAUCAAGCGGAACGGCCUUACGAUUGUGGUAGGGCCUGUUGGCUCAGGGAAGUCAACCUUNUGCAAAGCACUUCUGGGGGAGAUUCCGUUCUAUGAGGGCGAGGUGACACUAAAGACCAGUGUUCCACGCGUGGGUGUCUGCGAACAAACAGCAUUCCUGUCCAACGGAUCACUCAGAGAUAACAUCAUUGGAUUUUCUCCUUACAACGCUCAACGCUACGCUGAGGUGAUCGAGGCUACAGCUUUGUCCUUCGAUCUGGACACGCUUCCCCAAGGCGAUAUGACGAAUAUCGGAUCUGACGGUAUAACGUUGUCAGGUGGGCAGAAACAACGUGUUUCACUUGCGCGAGCACUCUACCUGCAGACAGAUCUGCUUGUUCUUGAUGAUGUUUUCAGUGGUCUGGAUGCUGAUACUGAAGAGAAAGUCUUCAGUCGUGUUUUCGGUCCCGACGGCAUACUCAGGCAACGACGAACAACUGUUGUGCUCUGCACGCAUAGUGUCAACCAUCUACCCUUGGCAGACUACAUCAUAGCUCUUGGAGGCAACACUAUUGUUGAACAAGGAAGCUUUGAUGAGCUGAUGACUAGUCGAGGUUAUGUUCAUCGUUUGCGGUCAUGGAAGCCUUCGCCUAGCAAGGCUUCACCUGAACCGGCACAAUCAAAGCAUACUCAACACGAACCAAAAGUAUCCACACUGUACAAAGUGACAUCUCGAGCAUACUCGUUGAUAUCUGGGAACCGUGCUGCAAGGCAAAAUGGCGAUGCAACUGUCUACAAACAUUACCUCAAAGCCAUGGGCUGGAUUUCGGCUACGCUUGGAAUAUUCUUCGCAGCCCUCUGGGGAUUUUUCACGAACUUCCCAACGAUUUGUGAAACUCAUCCUGUCCACACUUGGGCUUACUAUGCUGGCCUUUACGCAUUCUUGCAAGUCUGUGGGCUCCUCUCACUUCUUAUGCUUGCCAUAGUAAUCUUUAUUGUCUCUAUCCAGAGAGUCGGUGCCAACAUCCACAAAGAUGCUCUUCGGACACUCAUCCGAGCACCUUUGAGCUUCUUCACUGGCACAGACACGGGGGUUGUGACAAAUCUCUUNUCGCAAGAUCUGAACCUAGUGGAUACCGAGUUGCCAAAUGCACUGCUUAACUUCCUGUUCUCCGUAAUUAUUGGACAAGCAGCAGUCAUGCCCACGUCAUCUCCUUAUAUGGCUAUUAGCUAUCCAUUCUUGGUUGUACUCUUGUACUUUGUACAGAAGUUUUACUUGAGGACCGCUAGACAGUUGAGGAUGCUAGAUCUAGAGGCUAAGAGCCCCCUGUACACUCACUUUCUUGAUACCGCAAAAGGCAUUUCCACUUUGAGAGCUUUCGGCUUCAUUUCCGAAGAGCUCAACAAAAACGCCCACCUGGUGAAUGAUAGUCAACGCCCUGCAUACCUUCUGGUUAUGGUACAACAAUGGCUGAAUUUUGUGCUCGAUAUUGUGGUAAUGAUCAUGGCUGCAGUAUUGACGACCCUUGCAGUCCGUCUGCACUCUAGCUCUGGAUUCACCGGUGCAUCGCUGGUCACUCUUAUGAGUUUCGGAGAGAACCUCUCAGGUAUUGUCAUCUUCUACACAAAGCUGGAAACAUCUAUUGGAGCAAUCGCUAGGCUUAAGACUUUCAAUGAGACUGUAACGCCUGAAGAUAAGGAUGAAGAGGAUAUGUUGCCNUCCCCACAGUGGCCUCAGACUGGCUCGAUAUGUCUGGACGCGGUCUCUGCAAGCUACGGCGCUGGCACUGCAAACGACGAAACGGUCAACUUGGCCCUCAAAGACGUUAGUCUGAUCAUGGAAGCUGGNAAAAAGAUUGCCGUGUGUGGCCGAACAGGCAGCGGUAAAUCUAGUCUUCUCGCCCUNUUGCUGAAACUGCUCGACCCGACUCCAGAGACCUCAUCCAACAUCUCGAUCGACGGUUUGCCACUUCACAAAAUCGACAGAACGACUUUGAGACAACGCUUACUUGCAGUGCUCCAGGAAGCUGUCUUCCUACCCGACGGAACGAGCUUCAAGAAGAAUCUGGAUCUUCUUAAUGUCGCAAGCCUUGAAGAAUGCCAACAAGCUCUCGAGUCUGUCGGUCUGUGGGAUUUUAUCCUUGGGAAAGGCGGUUUAUCUGCAAGUAUGUCCGCUGGAACGCUCAGUGCUGGCCAACGCCAACUCCUUUCUCUCACCCGCGUGUUACUCCGCAGACGCCAUAGAUCACAACAGGGCGCCGACAGCGGUGUUCUGCUGCUCGAUGAAGUCAGCUCAAGCGUUGAUCAAGCUACAGAGAAGGUCAUGCAAGAGAUCAUCAAGACAGAAUUUGAGCAAUACACUGUCGUAGCGGUAAGUCAUCGCUUGGAUAUGAUUAUGGGCUUCGAUGAGGUUGUUGUCAUGGACAAGGGAUGUGUUGUUGAGGUCGGAAAUCCGAGAGUGCUUGCUGCAGAAGCGGGGAGUCGGUUUGGUGAGUUGGUUAGAGCUGGAGAGUAC